GGGACUUUGUAGCAAUCUGGCAUGCAGAAGCAGGGGGCCGGUGUUCUCCCAGAAAGCUCUCUGUAGUGUAGCUAGCGGUUCAUGCAUGGUUCAUGCUGCCGCUGCAUGCUUGCUGUGCCGGUCCGGUCCACUCGAUGAUCCACGGCGCGCAGGCACGCGCCUCGCGCUUGGCACCGAGAUCGGGAAGGAGGUGGUUGCGCCACGCCAUGGUCGCCGCCCGGGACGCUCUUCCGGCACUAUAAGUAGGCGCGCCCCCAAGACCUCGCCAGCAGCAACUCACUGACUGCUAGCUCCAGCUCGUCCAAAGCUCUCGCAGCACUCACGCGCCGAUCCAAGGCUAGCUAGAUCAGAGAUCGGUCUAAGCUUAGCUAGCUGCAGAGGUUGCUACUGCUAGCUAGCUAGCUCGUCCGGCCACCAUGUCUCGCUCCUCGGUGCCGGCAGCGGUUCUGCUGCUCCUCGUGGCGCUCGCGGCGGCCAUGGCGACCGCCGCGGCGGCGAUCGAGCCGCAGGACGACGAGCAUCCGCUUCUUCACGAGGAGCCGCAGGACAACAAGCGGGCGCUGCUGCUGGACGAGCUCGUGGAAGCCGCCCGCGCGCAGCAGCAGCAGCUGAUGCCGCAGAUUAAGGAGGAGCCGGCGGCGCAGAUGGCGUGGGCGGAGGCGCUCACGGCGGUGCAGACGGCGGAGAAGAAGGACGGCGGCGCGCGCGCCUCGCUGCCGGCCGGGACGAAGCCGGCGAUGGCGGCGGCGAUCUCGAUCCAGGGCGGCGACCCGGGGUCGGUGCCCGCGGCGAGCGGCGGCAACGGCAAGGAGAGCGGGGAGCACGGCAAGGAGGAGGGGAACGGCGGGAGCAGCAAGGAAGGGGAGAAGUCGGCGUCGGCGUCGGCGGGGGCGGGGAAGAGCUGCCUGAGCAAGGAGGAGUGCCACAAGAAGCGGCUGCUCUGCGGCAAAGGCUGCACCCUCUCCGCCCACGCCAAGUGCGCCGCCAAGUGCUCCAAGUCCUGCGUCCCCACCUGCUAGGCCGCCGCCGACCAUUUCUCCGGCCGUCCGGCGCCAGUAUCUAGGCUCUCUGUUUUGGUCAAAGGAAUAAGGGAGGAGGAGACCGACGGGGUACUUGCUCUGCAGUAGUUGCCUCGGUCUCUUCCGGUACUCACCGUGUUCUUCGUUUGUGUGUUGUGUUUUGAUUGAUUCCAGAUGGUGUUUGUGUUUAGUUUAGUUUCGGUUCAAGUUAUUUCUGCCUAUGUUGUCGGUAGGUCAGUCAGGCAGGUCCUUCCCUUGGUUGUGAGGAAUUUGGAUGGAAGUUGAAUAAGAAUGGAACAGUUGUUUGCUGGUCAGCUCA